GGAAGGGCUGAUCCUGCACCUCCAACUUCUCAGUAUCUCUUCGGACAACGGAGAGCUGGCAAAGGCCAUGGUGCUGACAGGUCGCCCCUCUGAGAGCAAAAUGGCUCUGUCGACCCCUGUAUCUGGAUUGUCUCUUCCAUGGCUGGUGCUGCUGCUUCUCCUGGAAAUCCCUGGGGCCGGGGGGGCCGAGGAGUUCCGGCUGCUGCAGCCCCAGGACGCCGUGCGGGUGUCCGCGGGAGAGACUCUCACUCUGACCUGCUCUGUGACCGGCCUCGCUCCAGUAGGACCCGUGAAGUGGUUCAAAGACUCGGGCGGGGGCCGGCAGCUCGUUUAUGCAACCGCGGGAUCAUUCCCCCGGGUGACGCGGGCUGCGAGUGGCUCUGACACAGACUUCACCAUCCGCAUCAGUGACACCCGCCCCGCGGACGCCGGGACCUAUCGCUGUGUGAAGUUUAAGAAGGGGUCGGGAGCCGAUGAGGAGUUCAGAUCCGGCGCGGGCACGGCCGUGACUGUGAGCGCCAGCCCCUCGGCCCCGUCCGUGUCCGGCCCCCCCAGCAGGGCGGAGCCGGGUCCCUCAGUGACUUUCGCCUGCACGUCAGGAGGAUUCUCCCCCAGAUAUAUCACUGUGACCUGGCUCAAAAAUGGGACCAAACUCCCAGCCCCCCAGCCCCGGGUUCUCCCCGAACACGAGAGCGUCUCCUACAACAUGUCCAGCACCGUGGGACUGAGCCUGACCCGAGGAGACGUCCGCUCCCAGCUCACCUGUCAGAUAGAGCACAGCACCUUACCGGCUCCCCUGCGUGGGUCCUACAACCUCAGAGAUGCCCUGCGAGUUCCACCCAGGCUGCGAGUGGGUGACCCAGCAGCGCCUGUCGCACUGAACAAGUCUGUGACGUUCACCUGCCACGCGGAGGGGUUUUACCCGAAGGACGCGAGUCUCACCUGGCUGGAGAAUGGAAAUGAGACGAAUCUUGGAAAAUCCUCCCCCCUGGCCGAGAAUCCAGAUGGGACGUACACGCUGCAGAGCUCCCUGGAGGUCAAAGCAAUUGAACAGAGGAAUCGGUCCAUGUUCACCUGUCGGGUUGUGCACGAUUCCCAGCCCCCCGUCAGUGCCAGCCAGAUGCUGAGAAUCUCCCAGCCACCUCCUAAGCCAAGCAAAGAUGGUACUUCACGUGAUGCAGAUCAGAUCCUGUUCUCCAGCUCCGCUCUCUGGAUUGGGCUCUUCCUGGAGAAGGUGCUGACUGCCGCUUUCCUCCUCUUCCUCUUCCUGAGAAGUAAAGAGUAACCAGCCCCUGGUCUAUUUCCCAGAUUUCUCGCACUGUCGCCACCUGCCAACUUCUCUGUCAGCAGCCUCUGUCCCCGCAGUCCAGGAAAGGAGUCCCUAUAUGGUGGAACUGCAGUGACCCCUGCUGGCCAAUCCGAUUGAGUCCAGGCCCCUGAUGGGACAUACCCACCGCUCACUCAUGCCUACUGAUUGCGAAUCCUGACUGGGCUCCCUGCUCCUUCUCGCCCACUGGUUCUCAAACUUGGGAUCGCGACCCAGUUGUGUGGGGGCUCGCGAGCCCAGACCCUGGCGUGGGGCUGCGAGCCAUGAGCCCCGACCCCUGCGCCAGGCUGCGAGCCCUGACCCCAACAGCGGCACGUGGCUGCGAGCCCCGACCCUCACCCCAAUGUGGGGCUGCGAGCCCUGACCCCGAACCUGGCCAGGAGCGGGGCUGCAAGCUAUGAGUCUCGACCCCUGUGCCGGGCUGCAACCAUGACACCCAACCCUGACACUGGCGCGGGGCUGUGAGUCCCGACCCCCUUAUGGGGCUGCAGAGCUGCAAGCCCCAACCCCAACCCUGCUAGCCAGGAGGGGACCCCGAAUACAGAUUAUACAAAGGUUAUAUACUUUUUAGCAAAGCAUGUUGCCCUCCUGCAUCGGAAAUCUUAGCCAAUAAACAAACCCUUUUCUUAUCUA